CCUUACGUUGAAACGCAAAAAACACAAAAUCGAGCAUACGCCUAGUGAUUUCAAAUUUCAAAUUUUCAAAUCAAACGCGCAGCAGAAUUCAACAAGUGAUCACAGCCAUGUCGAGCGAGGGAACCAAGACUUUCACGCGGGCCGAGGUCGCCAAGCACAACACCAACAAGGACACCUGGCUGCUCAUCCACAACAGCGUCUACGACGUCACCGCCUUCCUGAACGAGCAUCCCGGUGGCGAGGAGGUGCUCAUCGAGCAGGCCGGCAAGGAUGCCACGGAGAACUUCGAGGACGUUGGCCACAGCAACGACGCCCGCGACAUGAUGAAGAAGUACAAAAUCGGCGAGCUGGUCGAGAGCGAAAGGACCAAGGUGGCCCAGAAGUCGGAGCCCACCUGGAGCACGGAGCAGCAGGGCGAGGAGAGCUCGGUGAAGUCGUGGUUGGUGCCCCUGGUGCUGUGCCUGGUGGCCACGCUCUUCUACAAGUUCUUCUUCGGCGGUGCCAAGCAGUAGUUAACAAUCCACAGAGCCCAGCAGAGACUUUCCCAGCCCGCUCCGGAGUCACUAAGUUAAGCUCAAAAGUCAAGGGCUCCGGAACGAGAGGGAGGAAAGGAGGAGGUGGCGAGGACCAGUGGAGCGGGAGCGAUGAUUUUUAUAGUAAAUUUUGUGCUAAGUUUUAAUGUUAAUUUUGGCAUUUGGCAUUUUUGUACACCCUCUACACAUGUAAUUCAGAACAACGGGUCUAGACUAUAAAGCUAUGUUUCCCAAUGAUAUUCCAACAUUUGAGGCACAAAACGACAGCAGAACGUUUUAAUUCACAUGUAUGUACAUUAAACAUAUUUCCAAAAGAAAGAAA